AAGGACUCAUCACACAUGCGUGAGAGAUGUUGCAAACGAGGCCAAGGUUUUGUUGGGGAAUCGGGUGUUGAUGGAGUUGUACCAAGCGUAAACGUUCUGCGUGGCAAACAGACUCAAACAAAACGUGACGAGAAUAGUGCUGUUGUCAAGAUGUUUUUAUUAAACUUGCUUAGUGCAUCAUUACUUUUUAUCUGUCAUGGAAUCGUAGCUGCUCGUACCAACAGCCUUUUGGAAUUAGGCCCACCAAGUCCGAAUAGUGAGCUGUCCCGUUCACGAAAGAGCAUUGUCCCAAGCUGUGGUGUUGAUUUUGUUUAUAAACAUUUUGCUACGAAUGGAAGCCUUACUAGAAGUGAACUUAAAACACUUAUCGACGCGCUAAGUGGUAAAGAUGUAAUUGAAGUAGAAGAUCGUAGUUGCAGAAAGUGCUUGACACCAGAUGAAGUUUUUAACUCUAAUGGUUACCAGAAAGAAAGGUAUCUGAACAAAGCAAAAUUUGAAAAAAUAUGCCCAAGUUUGCUGCAGCAGAUCAUUGAAAAACCAUGUAAUGCUAUGGAUGAUGUUGAGCUUUCAGACAAGCCAAGACGCAAAGUUGAAAGUGGUAAAGCAUGGGGCUUUGGAAUCUUGUCAGUUACAAUUAUCAGCUUGGCUUCAAUGUUGGGCGCAUUCAUUGUCCCUUUAAUGAACAAAGCACUUUACAAGAAGCUUCUUCUAUUCAUGGUGUCACUGGCAGUUGGAGUUUUAGGAGGAAGUGGCGUUUUUCAUCUUAUACCUAAUGCAUUUGGCAUGGGUUCUGAUGGAGGCAAGACAUAUUUUUGGAAAUGUAGUACUAUCGUUGGUGGAAUUUACUUUUUCUUUGUCACAGAAAAUAUAAUGAAAAUUUACAUCCGGUUUGCUGAAUGGAGGCGACGGAAAAUUUCGAGAAAUGGUAUAAACCUGAGUAUUAAUGAAGAGGCACCAGGGAAAGAAUUGUGUCAUUUGGUUGCCACUGACAACGUUCACGAAGACCAUGCACUUGACAGUGUCCAUGUAUCUGAUAGAAAUUGCCAGCAUGAACAUGGCGUUGAUAGUUUGAACAUGGCUGGAGAUCACUGCAUAAACAAAAAGAAUGCUAGCGAGUAUUUCAAAGAUGGUGAUUCAAACAAGGGUUUUAGCAUUUUAGAAAGAGUUGCACCAGUUGCGUGGAUGAUUAUUCUUGGAGAUGGGCUGCACAACUUCAUUGAUGGCUUGGCAAUUGGAGUGUCAUUCACAAAUGACAUUGUUGAAGGAAUCAGUACAAGCUUAGCAAUAUUUUGUGAAGAGCUUCCUCACGAGCUAGGUGACUUUGCCAUCUUGCUCAACUCUGGUUUGUCGUACAAGCAAGCCAUCAUCGCCAAUUUCCUUUCGGCAUGUACGUGCUACAUCGGUAUGGUCAUAGGAACUGUUCUUGGCAGCACCACCCAAAUUGUCAAGUGGAUCUACGCCCUGGCAGCUGGAAUGUUUUUGUAUAUUUCUCUUGUGGACAUGCUUCCUGAGGCAACAGGCAUGCAAGUCACAAUAAGUGCGACUUCAAAGAAAGAGACAAUCAAGAAUUUUAUCAUCGUUAAUAUUGCUAUCAUCCUUGGCUAUUCUGCAAUGUUUUUGUUGGCUAUAUAUGCAGAAAAUAUUAAAAUCUAAUUUUUUCAGUUUUAAUACCUUUUUCGCUUUUUGUAUUUCCUCAAUAUGUGACCUUUAAAAUGAAGUUUAUAGAUUGGUGUUAUCGAGAUAUUCAAGCAGGAAUUAAUGUAUCAAUAUUAGCGCAGUGUGUCGUUUUUACCAUUUUUAUGAAUUAUGUUUAGGACUCGAUACAAUUCUGAAACCUUGAAGAAAUAAUUAAAAACUAAUUGAAUGUAAAUAUGAAAUGUAGAGAUAUUUAGCGAUCAAGUUUUUAAAUAGUACAAACAAAUAAUUGCACAAUUUCUGUUAGGUCGCUUUAACUGUCAUUCAACUCGUUCAACAUUAAUUCAUAUCCAAAAAAGGUAUAUGCUUCAUAUACUUUAAAGGAUAUCUACUUUUUUAAUUUAUGUACUUAUUAUUUAACUUCGAGUAGAACACUUCGAGUGCACAGUGCUCACCUUGUUCUGAUGCCUACCUCCUCGCACUGUGUUUUUAGAUUUAUUUAUUGUCAUGCUGUAGGUAAAAGGAAAUGUAAAUUGAGCCACUUAACUUCGAGCCUUGAUUGCGCUUUGUAGAAAAUAGAGUGUAGUUAGGCGUUGUCGUUUUAUAUUAGUGUUUGAUGAGAAUAGCAGUGUAAAA